AUGGCACAUGGCCAAGAUUGCCAGGCGCACAGCUGUGGUCCAGCUAGCUCGGGCAUGUGGCCAGCGGUAGCCUGCGGCCCUGGUUCUGGUGCAGUGCGGCUCGGCGGAUGCAUGCGGCCUGACCAGAUGGGCCACGAGGACGGCUGUGACGCCAUGACAAUCUCGGUGGCCUGGUGGCAGAACGUGGGAGGGGUGGAGCAACUUAGAAGGGGGGACCAAGGCCCAGUUUGGUCUCCAUUACCCUCCGCCAGUGGCAACAGGGGCUGCAGAGUGAUCGCUCAGGGCUACAAGGUUCUGGAUGAGAAACGUCACGCGGUCGACUACCGACCUAGCGUUUGGGGCGACUACUUCAUUAAAAACUCUACCCUACUCCAUACUUAUGAGAAGUCACUGGAAUGGAUGACAGAGAGACGCGACGUACUAAUCAGCGAAACAAGGAAGGUAUUGAUCGGCAUGCACGAUCCCAUGGCUGAAAUGAAGUUGGUCGAUGCAGUUUAGCGUCUCGGCAUUUCUUACCACUUUCAAGAUGAGAUCCACGCGUCACUACAAAAGCUUAACUCAGUGGAGUUUAACAAUGAAAGCUUCCAUGAAAUCUCCCUCCAAUUCCGGUUGUUAAGGCAAGAGCGAUACUACAUGUCUUGGGAUAAAUUCCAAAGCUUCAUGGACAACCAAGGAAACUUAAAGGCCAGCUUGUACAGCGAUGUCCGAGCAUUGCUUGCACUCUAUGAAGCAGCUCAUCUAGGCACUCCAAAUGAACAAUUUCUUGUAAAAGCUCAAAAGGAAACUGCAACUCUUCUAAAAUCAAUGGUUGACCAUCUUGAAAAGCCACUAGCAGAUAAAGUACAACAUGCUCUUCAAACUCCAUCUUUCCGAAGGAUGAAGAGAUUGGAGGCUAGAUUAUAUAUACCUCUAUAUGAAGAAGAUAAGGAGGAGUGCAAUGAUUUGCUACUUGAACUCGCAAAAUUUGAUUUUUAUUUGCUCCAGUGAAUUCACCGUGAAGAAGUCAAGGAAAUAUGCGAGUGGUACCAUGGCUUGGAGUCCCCGCGAAAAUUGUUCUAUGCAAGACAUAGGCCAACAGAAGCAUAUUUUUGGGCAUUGGGAGUAUACUAUGAGCCACAGUAUGCCAAGGCCAGAAAGUUGCUUGCGAAGUUUAUAGCGACAAUUACACCAUAUGAUGACACUUUUGACAACUAUGGCAUAUGGGAAGAGCUGCAACCAUUCGCUCAUGUGAUGCAAAGGUGGGACAUGAAGGAAGUUGAGCAACUCCGGGGAUGCUACUGUGACUUUGCCCGCUUUAUGUUUGGUACUAUGACUGAAAUCGAGAAUGCACUUCCAAAUGACAUAGCAAGGAGAAAUGUUAAUAUUAUCCGAGAUAUUAUCAACCAUGUAUGCAAAGGUUAUGUGACUGAAAUUAGUUGGAGAGAUAGCAAGUACAUUCCUCCUUUAGAGGAGCAUUUGAAGGUCACACUCAUUACAUGUUUUUACUGGGCGAUUAAUUGCACAGCUUUCAUUGUCUUUGAAGAGAAUGUUACAGAAGAAAUUCUAAAAUGGAUGUCAAAUUUUCCACAAAUUGUGAAGGAUUCAUGUAUUAUAUCUCGGAUCAUGGAUGACAUUGUUUCCCAUGAGUUUGAAACAGAAAGAAACAAUGUUGCUACUGCUGUAACUUGCUACAUGAAAGAGUUUAAGACAACAAAGGAAGAAGGAAGUGGGGUGCUAUGGAAUUUGGUGGAGAAUGCAUGGAACAGUAUGAACCAUGAGUACCUAACUUUGACUUCAAUACCACCUCAACUCCUUGUUCGUGUAAUUAACCUUGCACGAAUGAUGGAGACAAUGUACAAGAACAUAGAUGGAUACACAGAUUCAAAAAUACUCAAAGAGUGGAUAUCUAUACUGCUUGAUCAACCAUUGCUCUAGGAC